AUGACAAAGACUAUUGUGAUAAUUGGUGUUACUGGUACUCAGGGCUCAUCGGUUGCCAACACCUUCCUACUGUUGCCAGAAUGGCGGGUUCGCGGCAUCACACGCAACACUCAUAGUUUGGCUGCUCAGAACUUGGCCGGCAAAGGAGUCGAAAUGAUUCAGGCCGACAUCGACGAUCCGCAAUCACUGGCUCCGGCCUUUGAAGGCGCGGCCGUGAUAUUUUCCAAUACGGACUUUUUCACCCAUUUGCAAGACGCAUUGGCAUCUCCAGAUCUAGGGCGCACGCCAGAGGAAAUCAGCGAAUAUGCAUACAAUCGCGAGGUCACCCAGGGCAUCAACAUUGCGAAGGUGGCUAGUUCGCCCAUCGUUUUGAGGACCUUGGAACGCUUUGUCUACUCGUCCCUAUGUGAUGUACGCAAGUGGAGCCGGGGUAAGUACACAACUGUCCACCACUAUAAUUCCAAAACGGAUACGAUCCGGACUAUUGAAGCCGAAUUCCCGGAGUUAGCCGCGCGAAUGAGCACCGUCCAGCUCGGACACUAUGUCACCAUGUGGAAAGCGUUUCCAUCUAUGGCCCCGCAGAAACAACCCGAUGGGGGCUUUUUGAUGACCAGGCAGGUCAAUGCUGGAUUGAAAUUCCCAUUUGUGGUGGCACAUCGCGAUACAGGGUCAUUUGUCAAAGCAUUAGUCGAUCUCCCGCCGAAAAAGGAUCUUUUAGGCGUAUCGCAGACACUGACCUGGCCGGAAUGGAUGGCGAUCUGGGGAGAUGUUCUGGGGGUUCAAGCCGGGUUUCAGCAGGUGCCCAAGGAUGACUUCUUUCGAGAUGUGCCACAUGCGCUCAGAAAGGACCUUGAGGAUACAUACGACUUCAUCGAGGAAUUCGGAUUCACCGGCGGUGAUCCGGCCGUGCUGAUGCCAGAAGAGUAUUCGGUAGAGAGGAGCGAAUGUAAGUCAUUCUCGAAAUCGUACAUUGCUAGUAUCCUCGAGCUGCUUGAGAAAUCGGCCGACGAUAAGGCCUCUCGAGCUAUUCUCCUUCAAGAGAUCUCCAACAUAUGUCAACUCGAAUUGAAUCGUGCGCAAACUCUUUUCAAGCGCCAUGUUCAAACUUCGACUGGGUCGAAGUGGUUCAAGCGAACAUCCAACGUGUAUGAUAGCGCUGGUAAUCCGCGCGUUAGCAUAAAAGGCAAACCCGAAGAUAUUGCAACAUCUGACUCGCAGCUUCAUUACAUGUUGCGUCUCUGCCAGCCAAAGCUCACUAUUCCCAACGCUACAACCUGUCUCACAAAGAUCAGCGAGUAUCACAAAUCUCACCCCCAGAAGUGGGAGGAGCUGGAGGAUAGAGAGGCCGACGCAUUGGGUGACCUGGCUAUCAUUAUUGGAUUUAUCCAGGACUUGGCAUCUGUGGUUUUUAUUCCUUCCUUUUCCAAUAACAAGGGCCAGAUGUUUGCCUCGAAAGCACAGGAAUUGGAAUCCGAGUUCAAUCAGGUUAAAGAUCAACUUGACCUACUCGAUUUUGUCGUUCCCAUCGACAACCUCCUAGAGCCGGGAGUGGCUACUGGAGCAUUGAAAAAGCUGGACCAAUUCGCCAUUGAAAAGUCCGGCACAAAAAUGGGUUUCAUUUACCAAGACAUGGUCACAGACUGCCUGUCUCGCAUUCAGGAGCAAUUCAAUGAGGCCAAGGCUAAAUUGGCCCAGGGAUUGAAGGCUGAGUUGUCUUCUGCUCCGCCAAAGACUCCGGAGCCGACAGCGGUCCGAGUCGAACAGCGGAAGCAAAAGGAAAAGACACGUCCAUCCCAUUCAUCUAUCUAUGACAUUGUUACGCCCAAGCCUUCUCCGCAGGAGCCUGCUUCGCUCCCGCAGACUUUCAAGAUUGAUGAGUCGACUGCGGAGGUCUUGGCGAGGUUAUUCAGCAAGUCUGAAUCUCGUGGCCCAGUGGCAUGGGCUGCCUUCGCCGAUGCGAUGGCAAAAUUGGGAUUCUCCAUCUCGCCCAAGUAUGGCUCGGUUUAUACCUUCUAUCCACAGGAUAGUAUGACUGCAAAGAAGUCAUUCACUGUGCAUUGA